CUGCUAGGGCUUGUUGUCGUCGCCGUUCUGCCACUGCCAGGCUGCUGUAUCGCCGCUGAGGAUCUCGAAGGGAUGUCUCACUGCCGUUGUGCUCUGUCGCCGCGCUGCCGUCGACUGGAGCUCGCCGCUGAGCUGCUGCACCGUCUCCAAGCCGUUGCGUCACCGCUCAUCUCUUCUUCACCAUCGCCGCUCAUCACCAUGGUUGUAUCCUCUGUCACCAGAAAUAAAAUCAGGACAUGGAUUUGUUGUUGAAGAUGAAGGGUACAGGCAGGACAGUGACAUUUAGAAAGUUAAGCUUUCAAGGGAGGCAUUGACACAGCUCUCCAAGUUAGUUGAGUCCAGAGUUAGUACAGGGUGAGUAUCUUUUUUUUGUGUGCAGCUUAUGAGAAUUUUUUUCAUCUUAAUUGAUGUUGGAAGCUGAAAGUGCUCAUUCAGUUGUUUAGGUGAUGAUGAUAUUUGGAUUGAUAACAUCAGAUAAAUGUGUGAAGCUCUAAACAAUUGAGUGAAUUUAUAUGGUUUUAUGUUUCCUUUUUUGAUGAUUGCUUUUGUAAUUGACAAGUUCCAUAUGGAUAUCGUCUAGGAAUAUGGCCAAAUAGCAUUCUCCUAUGAAAUUGCUUUUAGAGUUGAGUCAGGUCCAUAAUUCUAAAUUGGUAACAAAACUUAUUGUUUGCUUCAUGUUGUAAUUGACUGCAUUUUAUAUAUAAUUAAAUGCUAGAUUUGAGAUUCCUAUAGUAUAACUAAUACCUUAUGAACUAUGUUCUGUUUCCUCUGGUUGAGAUUAUUUACUGAAUUUUGAUUCUAUCAUUUUAGCAGAUCCAGAACUUGAAACAUCAGUUCUUUCAGUUUGGUAAGUUUUAUAACAUAGCAUAACUUUUCUUGUUAGAAAUCUAAGUCAGAUUUUUCUUGUGCAGUCUCGAUACGAUCUUAACACUAUUCUAUUCCUUUUGGAAUUGGGGCUGCUACCAGGUUAGAUUAAAUACUAUCUACCAUAAAUCUUCUAUUUGCAUAUCUAGAGGCUGUGGAUGGCAGCACCUUGGGCCUUUCAUAAAUCUAGGAGCAUUCUACCUAUGUGGGAUUUCACUUGCUGCAACAUUGGCAUUUUGGGUCAAAUUAAGAGCUGAUUAGAUUCUUUAUUCCAUUGGGUUCAUACCCUCCUAGUGUGUGUCUUCAAGGGAUGCGAUGGUCAACUAUCAUGAAUGUGAAGUCAAAUUAUGGGAUAAAAAGAAAUUGGCAAGGAGAUCCAUGCAUUCCACUAAGUUACAUGUGGGAUGGUGUUAAUUGCAGCUAUGCUGGUUCUUCUUCUCCAAGGAUCAUAUACUUGAACUUAUCUUCCAGUGGUUUAACUGGAAAUAUAGCAUCAGCCAUAUCCAAUUUGAAGUCAAUAGGAUAUUUGGAUUUAUCAAACAACAGUUUGACAGGAUCAGUGCCUUAUUUCUUAUCUCAACUUCAUUCCUUGAAAGUUCUGAACCUGGAAGGGAAUCAGCUAACAGGAGCAGUUCCAAUGCAACUCAGAGAGAAUUCAAAUAAUGGCAUGCUCAAAACCAGUGCAAGUUUUGGAGGAAAUCAAGGUCUUUGUUAUUCAGGUUCAUGCAGCAAUAGUAAUAAAGUUGUGGUUCCAUUGGUGGCAUCACUAGGUGGAGGUUUUGUUAUUCUAGCAACAGCAAUCACUUCUUUUUUAUAUUCAAAAGACAUAGAGGUACAUGAUAAUCUUCUAUGUUUGGUUUAAUUUCUAAGACAGUUA